UGUGCAUCAAUUAUGUGUGACUUUGUUUUACUGUGACGUAAAUUGGCGCGCAACUUGUUCUUGUUGGUUGUCAGUGAGUGCGCGGGUUGCGUUUGUUUAUUUACUCCUGGCCUAACGAAUCGGUAGUGCUAGUGCUUUCUGCAGCUAAAACGGCUAAAAUUAGUUUUAGGCUUCACUAGUGUCACAAACUUGAACUAGCGGAACUCCCCCGCCAAAGAAUGGUAUCGAUUGAAAGCUUACGGGAGCAGUUCGACGAGAUCGGGCUAGAGCCCUCAACCGAUGUGAUCGACAAGUGUCUGGAAAUUUGCUCCCGCUGUGGCGUUGAUGACCCGGUUGAAUUCGUGGAAACAUGGAUGGCAUAUAGUGUAUCGAAGCUGGGCGGUGCGGAACCCACCGUAGACACCCUGCGGGACAUGGAAUCGCACGAGUUUGCUAACAAGGUUCGUAAAACGAAGGAUUUGCCAUCGGUAUUAACGACACCAUCCGCAGUAAACCGCGUCAGGCAAAAUGCAGCCGUGGGAUCUCCUGGUUCGCCACGGGGCGGCGAUGCUGGACUGGUGAUCUACAGCAACACGGAUUUGAACUCGGUGGACGCCGAAGUGCUCGGGUCGUACGGAUGCGUAACGCCAAAGGCUCAGAAACCGGUAUCGAAGCUUCACGGAUCCACUCCCGUACGAAACAAAGCCCUGUUCUCACCAGCCAGCUAUUCGCCUCUUUCCUCCAAGCAAUCACAGGAGCAGGAUGGACCGAACAAUUCCGGCAACGUAGUUUACACCUUCGGUAACGGCCAACUGCUUAAACAGAUCAACUGGUCGUCGGGCGAUGUCAUCCGUAGCGGUCGGCUCUCGAUCGAGAUUCCCACGUUGAAAGAAGGCGAUCAUGGGGAGGAAAGUGUGGCAGCGUCAGAUGAACUGGGGAAGUUCAUGAAUGCCGAUUGUAAGUACAUGUUUGACUCCAGCUAUGAGCGAAGUCUCAUCCUCGGCGAUCGAAUCUACGAAGGAUGCAAGGGAAUUUGUCGUAGAUUGGCACAGCUUAAGCUGGAAGAGUCGCAGGUUAAGCCAUUGCAGAAGGAUGAGAUUGAAGGGGAUUUGACCGCGGUGGAACCGAACGAUCAGGAUGUAACCACUGUCGAGACGGUUCCGAUCCACCAUGUGGACUAUCAUAGCUCAGAGGUGAUCAACGUGAUGGGACGGAUCGUUGUUCACCCGGAGCGAAAGAACGAUAACUUGGCGAUAGUUGAUUUUGACGAGAUGACCUUGCGGUACAUGAAGUUGGAUUUCAGCAAGCUAAAGACCUGGUCGGUAUUUCCGGGAGAAACCGUUGUCUUAGAGGGAGUCAAUCAACGGGGUAAUGCCUUUGAAGUUCAAAAAGUACACUUCGAGGGAACUCUUCAACUACCCAAGGCACCGACGAAGCUUGGAAGUGAGCUAAACAUGGUGAUCGCAUCAGGCCCCUACACCGAUAAGGAUGAUCUUUUGUACGAAAAACUAUCGGAUUUGCUAGCAUACUGCAAAAACAACAGCCCGGACGUGUUGAUUCUCACGGGUCCAUUUGGCGAUGUCACCAAUUCGUUGUUCAGUACGAUCGCCGAAACCUACGAAGAGUACUUCGAGAAAAUCAUCACGAACAUCAUGAGCUCGGUGUCACCCAAUACCGAAGUGCUAAUCGUGUCGCACCACGACGAUCUUAUGUCCAUGUUCGUCUACCCCUCUUUCCCGUACGAAAUCAACUCGAAGCACCAGAACCUGCGCUUCCUACCGGACCCCUGCGUGAUCGCGAUCAACGGACUGCAGAUAGGCAUAACGACGGCGGACGUCAUCAAGGAUCUAUCGGAAGCGGAAGUUAGCGGCGAUCCGAAGGGCGACAAAAUCAAAAGGGCCUUCAAUUACAUGUUCCACCACAAAACGUUCUACCCGUUGCAUCCUCCGCCGGAAAGCCUGCCGCUGGAUUUGGAUCUGCUGAAUUCGUUCGGUGGUCUUCCGCGGGUGCCCAACAUGAUGAUCUGCCCGGGCGACUUAAAGUGCUACAUCAGGGACGUGCACGGAUGUGUUUGUAUCAACCCCGGGCGCCUGUCGGAUCAGAGCAGCGGUGAGGGCACUUUUGCCCGGGUGGUGGUUAAGCAGCCGGAAUCGGAAACGACGGUGCCGUUCAACUACGUGGUUUGUCAGGUGGUGAAGUCGUGAGAUCGAGUUUCACGUAGACGCAGUAAGUACAAAAGAACGUGUGAGUAUUUCAUUCUCAAAAUAGUGAGGUGAUUUUAAUCAUCUUAAUAAGGAUUUUUUUUAAAUGGUGGAUACAUGAAAUACAACGUUUCAUUUCAGUAAAA